AUGUACGACACUGAACUUAGAUUCUUUUUUUCUUCAGCCACUGAGUUCGAAGUUGCUUAUUACUCCUUCUGGUGUUUGGACGUUCAUGUAAGGAAGUUCACUGAGGAUAUGGGGUAUAGAAGUAACAUUGUUCCAGGAGAGCUUCCUGGCUAUGGUGCAAUAUUCAUGUCCAAUUCAGGAACAAAAAAAGAGUGUUUCCAACGUAAGUUAUUUGGGCUACCUUUAGCUCAGUCUGAUUUUGUGUUGCAUGUGAAAAAAGGAAUGUUUCUAUUCCUUUUUGAGUUUGAAAAGAGGCAACUACAUGGUGUAUUUCGUGCUACCUCUAAUGGUGAAAUCGACAUUGAACCCCAUGCAUUUAGAUCAUCACAAAAAUCCUUUCCUGCUCAGGUGCCCUUUACUUCUGUAUGGAAUUGCUAUCCACUAUAUGAACAUGAAUUCAAGGAUGCUAUUAGAGAUAAUUACUUCUCAUGGAAGAAGUUCAAAUUUGGUUUGUCUAAGCAUCAGGUAGAUGAACUUUUGAGAUUAUUCCAUUCCAAAAGAAUAUCUAAAAACAACCCUCCCAGAACUUGCUUGAGAUAUGAUGAUAACUCAGGAAAGAGAGACUCAAGAUAUGGUGAUAAUAGGAAAAAGGUUAGAGAGAGGAUGAAAUUUAUAGAAGAAAAAAAUGGUCAUGGUUUUGAAAUUGAUGAAGUUAAAGAAAUAGAUAAUCAGGGCUAUAAGACUCUUAUGAAGAAAAGAGCACAUAAAGAUAACAAAGAGGUGCUCUUAACAAAUCGUAUGAAGGAAAUCGAUGAUUUUGGUGAUUGUGGUUAUAGGAAGUUAGAUAAACGCCUUGAUCAUACAUUAAGGGGAUUAAGAAGAGUGAGUGAUGAAAGUUUGCAUUUUCAGUGUGAUAUAAAUAAUGGGAAUAAAAACUUUUUGGUAGAUUGUAUUGCCUACAAAAAGAAAUAUAGGGAUUACAGUAGAGUACAAGAUGAAUACCAUGUUAUUGAUGAUUUCAGUGAAAAUCAUUCAGCACUGGAUAACCUUGGUAAUAGCCCUAACAAAGGAACUCAAAAGAUUGUUGAUGGAUGGUUUUUUCCAACAGUAGAAAGUCAACAAAGAAGGUUGACCAAUCACCCUAAAGGGGUCACUCUCACUACUGAUGUUUGUCAAAACCCUAAUUAUGAGCCAAGAACACCAUCAUUUGAACCAAGAAAGGAAGAUUUUGGGAUAAAACUUUGUUCUGAUGAAGAAUUUGACUUGAAAAAUGCCAACCAAAAUCUUUCAGAUUUUAUCCCUGUUUCAGAAGCAUCCAAACAUUUUCAAAAUCGUUUUGAAGCUAACAAUAUCGAAAACUCAUAUGAACGCAAGUUUCUGAAUUUAACAUCUUGUGAUCCUUCAAUUUAUCCAAGUGAAACAAUUCCACCACAUUUUAGAAAACCUAGAAGCAAAAAAUAUGUGCGUAAAGCUAGUGUUUUUGAUCACUUAAAUUCGGCUCCAAAACCACUAAUCCAUAAACAAGAACAUGAAAGUGAUGAAAAAAGUGAGCUAGAUGCAUCGACAAUGUUGGAGAAAGUUGUAAGAGAAGAAAAAGAAUCAACUUUUGAACAAGAUGAUAAGAAUGUAGAUUAUGAGGCUUUAAAGAAGGAAUCCGAUGUGAAGGUAGAGUGUGAAGGAAUAGAUAUAGUUGAGGAAACAAGGGUUGUGGAUUUUAAACGUCGCAAGAGAACAAACAAGAAGAAUCUUGAUGAUGAAUUUAAAGAAAAUAACACAUCAGGGACAGAUUCGGAUGUGGGGAUGUGUUGUAAGCGUAGGAGACUUGUUAGACCAGUUUUUGUUAAAAAAGAGUUGAAUGUUUCUAAUGAUGAAAAUGUACCUUUGAAAGAUGAUUCCUCUUUAAGAAAAGCAUGCGAAAGUGUGAAAAAGAUUGAAGGUCAGAAACAUAAUAUUGAAAGUUGUUUGCAAGUUGAACAAAAUGGAAAUGCAAUAGAUUCGGAAAAACAAGAAGAGAUAUGGGGCUUUGAUGACAUGGCGUGGGUAGUUUCGUCUAAAUACGAGCACAAGAUGUGUGGUUGGAUCGAUGAGUGA